AUGACUCAAUACGCGCCGUACCCCGGUGCCAUGGCCGCCGACAUCUGGCCGCUGUCCAUGUCCGAGAUGACCGACCAGCUGAAGCAGUCGCGCAAUCCGAGAUCGAUCAGCAAGCCGCCAUCACCGACCCUCGUCGGCACGUCGCCAUACGACAACCGCGCAGAGGCUGCUGCCGGCGCUGCGGCCCUCGUUAAGAACCAGAGGCCACACCCGGAUCGCACCGCAACUGAGCCGAAACCAAGAGGAAGUGCGAGCCGGUCGCCCAUGCCGCAGCCGUUUCGGUCCGCGUCUCUCCCGACAGCUGCUAAUGACACUGUCUCAAACGGAUCACUCAAUCCGAACGGAUCCACGCUAGCCUUCCCUCAGCAGUCAUUCAUGAAUGGGCCCCAGCGGCUACCCGCCAUUCAGUCGCCGGAGCUGCCUUUCGUCGUCCUGACGCCUCCAGAUGAGGAGCACGAUGGACCAGACAUUGCGCUCUUCCCCCACCCGGCUCCUGGAGCUGCCGAGUUUGCGGAUGGAGGCAACGUGAAAAAGAUUCUGGACGCGCCAAUGCCGCCGCCGCGUGACGCGAUGCCGCCGGGUAGCCCGCCAGAGGAGCCGGCGCCGCCGCCUCAGCAGCGCGUCGUACAUCCCUAUGCUCAGCAGCAGCAGACACCUGUUCAAGGACAUCCGUACCAGCAGCAGCCUCAGCAGCGACACGUGACGGCGAACGCUGUCGGUAACGCCGCUCCCGCAGGAGCUAAAAAGCGUGACCAGGCCAUUAACAAUGUACCUGGCGCGUCUGGAUCGUCGCCGAGUUUGGUCGAGCGACGGUCACCGGCGAACCAGCGUGUCGGCGAGAGCCAGUUUGACAAUGAGUGGGCGUCGCUCGUGGAGAGUCUGCCCAGCCCGACGGUCCAGGAGGAAGACAGCCCUGUACCCCCAAAGCAGACGCCGCCAACCCCUCCGCUUCCCUUGGGACAGCAGCAACGGAACGGAUCCAAGGAGAACGUUUCGUCCCCGCAGCCCCCGCUGUACCCGUCAAGAAGGGCGCCUGUGCCGCCACAAGAGGAAGCGUCUGGCUCUCGGGGUCGCUCACCGAUGACUGAUAAGCGGUCUGCAUCUGCGCCCAACGUCCCGCCGACGACACCGAAGAAGGCCUCUAAGGAGGGUCAAUCGGAGCCGUCAACGCCGAAGCAGAAGAAGGGCAUGGACUCGCAGGAGGGAACAACGACGAAGCCUCAGCGAAGACGGACACUGUCGCUGUCUUCGAUCUUCACGAGGAAGAAGAAGCACAACUUUGAGGACCUUCCUCCGAUGCCCAACGGCGAGCAGGUACCCAAGAGCCCGAAAACGCCUAGGACGCCAAAGGGCAAGGAGUUCCCUGAUCUCGACGAAUCUGUAUCCAAGGCCACGGGGACGACGCCGAGUACGAAGCGGGAGAGGCGCAAGACGCUCAAAGAGGUCUUUGGCAUGGGCGGGUCGGACGGCAAGUCUGUCCGCAAGUCCAAGUCGAAGCCGGACCUCCGCAGGCGCAACUCGUUCGACCUCGAGCCUGUGCCUCCUCUCCCUGCUGCUGGCCGUCCCGGCUCGCCGUCUGUCGGACGAGCUGGAUCGCCCGUACCCUCGUCCGCUGCCUGGCCUGGAGGAGCCCCCGCGCCCGUCUCUAAGACAGCCGUGCCGGAGGCUCUCGCCGCCCUCACCGCCAACGCUUCCAAGGACAAGCCCAAGGUUGAGGUCGUGCCCGACGUCUUUGCCGCGUUCAACUCGAGCACUACGUCGCUCAUCAACACGUCGACUGUGCGCCGCCAGACGAUGAAAUCGCCAACGGGAGAAGACCACCCUCGCGUCCCUUCGCCGCUUCGAGAGUCGGUUGAAGAGGCCCCGUCGCUCCCGUCUGUCGUUCGACAGUCGCACGAGAAGCCGCUGCCGCCGAUGGUCACGCGGGGGUCUGACGAGAGGCAGCGCCCGGCGCCUGUUAUCGGGUGGCGUUCUGAUGAGAGGGCGCCGUCGCCAAUUGUCACCCGUCGCUCGGACGAGAGGAAUCAGCCGUCGCCCGUUGUCACGAGGCGGUCGGAUGAGAGGCGACCGCCGUCUCCGCUCGUCACGAGACAGUCGGAUGAGAGAAGGUAUGCCGCUCCUACGGCCACUGUCGCCCCGCCGUCAAACGAGAAGCCGCCACCGUCCUUCGUCGUCAAGGGCGGAGCGCACACUGGCGGUGCCCGCAUGCCGAGCAACCAGUCGCACGAUGAGGACCUUGCGGCGCGGCAACGGCACGCCGAGGCGCUCGCCGCUCUCGAAGGCCACGGCAAGAAGAGCAGGAAGGAGCGCAAGUCGACCAACGACGACAAGGAGAAGAAGAAAAACCGCACGCGCUCGCAGUCGCUCAGCAAGCGUAUUUCCAUGAGCGUCAUUGGCGUGUUCAAGCGCAAGAAGGAAGAUGGAGAGGCGGACGACGAAGACCUACCCGACGUCCCCGCUCUCCCCGCUGCUUACAUCAAGCACUCUGCCUCGACUCCCAGCCUGCAUCGCGGACCUCCUUCGAUGGGCGGGACGGCGUCGCCUGAAUCAACCUGGGGCCGUAGCACCGGUGCUCAGGUUCUGGCUCAGCUCGGCGGCCGCUCCCCGGACUCCACAUGGGGACGCUCGCAGGGUCCGCCGAUGCAGAGUGCGCAGAACGCGGCCGCACAGAACGGGUCGAUCGGUUCGACGACCUCGCUUGCCAAGCGCGAGAAGCGCCUGCAUAAUAUCCAGCGCAUCCCUCCCCCUCGUCUCAAUGACGACGAGCGUCUUGCCUCUGCCAACCUAGCCUCGUCGAACUCGGGCCACUCGCUCUCUGAGCGCUCCGCUUCGCCCGCCAGCGUCGACGUGCCCAACGUCACCCUCCCGCUUAAGAUUGUGAAGCAGCCGUCGCUGUCGAUGAAGAACAAGCCCGUCGUCAUGGCCAAGUCUCCCGCCUCUGUCGCAUCGCCGACGAGCAUUGAGGGCAUCCACUCGAUCCCGAGUGAGGUAAUCAUCCACAACGAGGAGGACAUUGCUUCAACUCCCGUCAAGAAGCUGCCGCAGAUCCCAAUCAAGACCGAGUCGCCGGUCGCGACUGAGCCGCCCCGCGUCGCCUCGCCCGAUCUCGGAUCGCCGACCAUGGGGUUUGACCCGAUGAGCCCCAAGACUGGCUCGUACAAGCGUCUCUCCAAGGGCAUGCCUGCCGCCCUCGCCGCCUCGGCUUACCGCAAGCGGUCCAUUGACGGCAUCCCGGCGACGCAGUCCCCUGAGCUCGCAGCGCAGUUCCGUCAUCUGAUCCAGUCCGCGAGCCCGCCGCCGGUCCUCUCCGAGCUUCCCGGUGAGGGUGCACUGGCUCUCAGCGGUCUGCAGCUUAACACGAUGUCGCCCGUCACCUCCCCGGUCGCGGAACACUCAGAGUUGUCGGCUGUCACGCCUGUGUUCACGACUACACCUUCCCUCCCUCCCCAGAUCGCACCGCUUCAGAUUCACCCUCUCACGCCGUCUCGAGACAGCCCGACGCAGUCCGGCACCCUCAGCCCCAGUGCCACUCCUGAGCGCCACGACAGCGGCGACGGAGAGCCUCUUUCGCCCAACACGUCGCUGCACUCGCCAGGCAACUCGAUCCACAACAUUGAGGUCGAGGUCAAGACGGCCACGAGGCAGAGCAUGAUUCGGUCGACGUCGCAGCCGAUUUUGGCCGCUGUCGCUGCCGGAAGCGUUGUCUCGUUUGGCAGCUCUGGUGGUUCUACUCUUAGCCGCGUCCCGACCAAUGACGACGGAACCGUCGAGAGCGACACGUCUACACCGACGCCAUCUGGCUUCUCGUCGAAUGACGAGUCGCCGUUUUUCCAGCGCUCGACGACCAGCGUCGACAGGGCGUUCCCUGGGGGCCCGCCAAAGUACUCGUCGCACAUUGACGAGGGCGAUGAGCGGGCGCUCAACAAGGCCGCUCACGAGGCGAAGAAGGCUUCCAUGUCGUCGAACCAUGUCUCGCGCUUCUCCAUGGACUCCACCGACAGCCGCGCGUCCCGCGUGUCCGCGGACUCGGUGUACAGCCAGCGCGACUCGCGCAUCUCGAAGGACUUUGAGGGCUUCAUGCCGCAGGCUGUUGUCACCAGGGAGGCGCCCAAGUCGCGCCAUGUGUCGAGCUUCUCGGUUGACUCUGCUAUGAGCACGGCUGCGCUCAUUGCUGACAACGAUGUCUCGGACUCGGACUCCGUUGCCAGCACGCCGACGAAGAUCUCGCCAGCACAGGGCCCGCUCGCCGUGCACCCCGUCGAGAUGGCGCUCGCCGACACGUCCGAGGUACUCCUCACGCCUGUCGGCUCUGACGGCGGCGACAUGGAGCAGCUCACAGAGUCCAAGCCCGAGUCGCUCAGCUCCCGUGCUGCCUCGCCUUCGCCCUCGGUUGCGUCGUCUGUCCUCCUCCCGUCUGUCAAACCGACGCCCGCACCCCAGCAGACUGCGGCCUCGACUGCGUCGUCGCUCUUCGCCAUGAUCUCCAACUCGGUCACUCAGGCCAGCGAGUCGGUCGCUAACGCCGUCACGGCUGUGCUCGGCUCUGAUCAGAAUGCCGCUACCCGCGAGGCCAGUGCCAAGUCGCCCACCGCGUCGCCUGUUGUCUCUGCUACGAGACCGCCUCUGCCGAAGGUGCCCGAGGUCAGGGAAGAGAAGGAGCUCCCGCCCUCGCCGAAGGAGACGGAGGUCAUGGAGAAGGCUCAGACUCAGGUCGCUGAGAAGGCGCUCCCGCCUUCACCCUCGAAGUCCGAGGAGAAGGAGGACAAGGUCGAUAAGGAGCUGCCUGCCUCGCCUGAGCGCUCUGAGGAGCGCGCUGAGGCGCCGUCUACUCCUGGCCCGUGGCAGACGAUCCAGUCGUCUGAGAGCCUGGACAGCGUUAACUCGAAGGGUUCGUCGGCGUCAAACGACAUCCCUGAGACCCCGACUACGACCACGAGCAACUCGAUCUACGCCACUCCGACGUCAGGCAUGUCUCCCGUGCGCUCGACGCCCUCGCACCGCGGCUCCAUCAUUGCGUAUGACAGCGACGACGGAGUAACUCGCAGCCAGAGCCAGCGCCGUGGAUCCAUGCCUGCUGCCCUCCGCGCGACGGCUAUUCGUCGUAGGACGACGAGCCAGCCGAUCGCCUCUGUGGUUAUGUCGAACCAGGAGCCGCCCAACCGCCUCGAGUUCUCCAGCCCCGAGCCUGGGUCCGGAAGCCCGAUCGGUCUCGGUCGCCCUGUCGUGCUCCGCAGCGCAUCCAUGCCUACCCAGCAGCUUACCGAGUCGCCUCGCUCCUUGUCGGCCGAGCUCACUGGACCCGCUAGCGUCGCCUCUUCCCUGCCUUGGCUCGCUAAAACUCCGGCUGUCGCCGAAGUCGAGGAAGUGCUCGAGAGCUCGAGCUCGACACCCACGAUCGACUCGGCGUCCGAAGUCGCCACCAUCAAGGGUAGCGUCAAGGACGAGAGCCCCGUGGUUCCGGCCGUUACUGCCUUCCCUGACUCCAAGUCGUCCAGCGGCUGCAACGGCGGUAUGACUUCACCCGAGCUCAGCGUCGAGUCGCGUGUCGACAGCCCGCUCGGCUUCAGCCUCAGUGGCGAGUCGGAAGAGGCGACGCACGCCGUUGAAGCCCCGCCUGCGAUUGACAGCUUUGUCGUCCCCUUCCCGCCCGAUGCCGAGCACGCCCCGCUUGGUGCCAUGCCUCGCAGCCCAACUGUUCCGGCCAACUACACCGCCACCGCUAGUGCCCGUGAGCGGACUCGCCGGGACUCGGGCCAGAACAUGCGUACCGUGGGCGGGUACACGAUCAGCCGUCGCCCUCUCACAUCGAACAGCGACACGAGCGUGAACGUGAUUCACCCGACGCCGCCGUCAAAGCAGGCUCGUCAGUCGCUGCAGACGCUCCCGUCGGCCGUGGAGAUGGACUUUUCGCAGCGCAGCAGCAUGGGCCCGACCGGCCCCGAGUUCUCGCUCUGGCUCGAGUCGACCGCGAACUCGGCCCCUAUGGAGGAGUUGGAGGAGCUCACGCAAAGUGCGGGGUUUCAGUCGGCCAAGUAUGACCAGCGGGUAGUCUACGAUAGCCCUGCGUCGACGAUCUCGACAGCCUCGACCUCGCGCCCGAUGCGUCGCCCGCUGCCCAACCCAGAUGACUUUCGCAACGGCACCGCAAGCAGCCCCGUGAGGGACAAUGCGUACGAGACCUCGUCCCUGCACUCGAGCUCUGGGUCCGACGACGGCCCUGCCCUCUGCACGCCCCGCACGCCCGACACGGCGCACCUCGUUAGCGACUUUGGUACACCGAGCAAGGCGGCGAUUGUGGGCGUCUCGCCGGCCGCGACGGGAGCCAAGGCGGAGCAAAUCUCGCGCGGCCUCCCCAACCGGCCCAUGCACGUCGAUAUGGCGAACGACACGGAGGGCGAAGAGUCGUUCGCGACGGCGAGGGAGGGGAUGGAAUGA